AAUAACGAACCCUGUUCCAAAUGCCUAUGCUCUCUAGUUGAUAUCUGUUAUAUGUGAGAUUUGGAUUGCAAUAUCAUGGAUAUUGGAUCAGUUUCCUUAGUGGCUUCCUGUUAACCGUGAAACCUAUCUCGAUAGACUUGCCUUGAGAUACGAUCGUGAAGGAGAGCCAUCUGAAUUAGAUGCUGUUGACAUUUUUGUGAGUACUGUUGAUCCAUUAAAGGAGCCUCCACUUGUGACCGCGAACACUGUGCUAUCCAUUUUUGCAGUUGACUAUCCAGUUGACAAGGUCUCCUGCUAUGUUUCUGAUGAUGGUGCUGCUAUGUUAACAUUUGAAGCAUUGUCUGAGACAUCAGAGUUUGCUAGGAAAUGGGUACCUUUCUGCAAGAAGUAUAACAUCGAGCCUCGGGCUUCGGAAUGGUAUUUUGCGCAGAAAAUUGUUUACCUGAAAGAUAAAGUUUAAACAUCAUUUGUUAAAGAACGUAGGGCUAUGAAGAGAGAAUAUGAAGAAUUUAAAGUUCGAGUUAAUGGGAUUGUUGCAAAGGCUCAGAAAGUUCCUGAAGAAGGAUGGAUUAUGCAGGAUGGUACACCAUGGCUGGUAAUAACACCAGAGACUAUAGGAAUUAUGCAGGUUUUCUUAGGUCAGAGUGGGGGCCUUGAUGCGGAGGGUAAUGAGCUGCCAAGGCUAGUUUAUGUUUCUCGUGAAAAGCGUCCAGGCUUCCAACACCACAAAAAGGGCUGGUGCUAUGAAUGCCCUUGUUCGAGUGUCAGCUGUUCUUACUAAUGAACCUUUCUUGUUGAAUCUUGAUUGUGAUCACUACAUAAAUAAUAGCAAGGCCUUAAGAGAUGCUAUGUGUUUUCUGAUGGAUCCAAACCUUGGGAAGUAAGUUUGUUAUGUUCA